CCCGGCUGUGGCGAUAUGGAUAUUAGUAGGAAUGGGUAGGGCGCAGUGCCAACAGCCAUGUCCCAAUACUCAGGAAACCGAGCCACAUAUCCGUGCCCUGCUCCUACCCUUCACAAUCCACAGCUGUCCCGAACUUUCUAGCAAACCCAUCCCACGGCGCAGACACCUACUGUACUGGCCGCCCAUCUUUGCCUUACCUUUUUCCCUCACGGAAACGCUUUGACGACCAAAGAUCUUGUCCGAGACCUCACAUGAAUUCGCUCAGCUCGCAAGGUUGAAAGGCUGCGAUGCCUCCCAGGCCCAUACGACCCAAGAAUGAACCGUUGGCAUCUGAGGGCAAUGAUGCAGGAGAGGGGAAGAGUGGGAAGCGAAGGGCAGUGUCAUCUGCAUGCAUACCAUGCCGGAAACGCAAAAGCAAAUGUGAUGGAAACGUCCCAUCGUGUUCUACUUGCAUAGCGGUGUACAGGACGGAGUGCAUGUAUGACGCUGACUCGGACCACCGGCGGAAAGGUGCACUCAAGCGGGACAUUCAGUCUUUGCAACAACAAAACGACGCCCUAGAUGUUAUAGUUGCUUCGUUGCGAAGUUUACCCGAGAGCGAGGCCAUUGCACUACUCCACAGUCUCCGAAGUGAUGCGAAACCAGAAACACUGGCCGAGUCACUUCGGAUCAAUCUGCAAAUCAUGCCGCAAGGCUACGCGCAGCAAACCCUGGAAGCAGACUUUGCACAACACACUUCGACCCCGUCCAGCACGACAUAUGGCAGCCCAAGCUUCCCUGGAGGGCUUUCACGAAACAACUCGGAAGAACAGACAUAUCAGAUGAACAUCUCUACGAUACCCGAACAGAGGAGAGACUGGCUCACAGUGCCUCAAGACGCCGAGUUCGUUGAGCAUCUCCUCAAUUUGUAUCAGUGUUGGAUAUCCCCGUUCUACACUUUCUUUCGCUGGGAGCAAUUCACUCACGACAUGAACCGUGGGCGGACAGACCAUUGUAGUUCAAUGCUCGUCAACGCAGUGUUAGCGUUUGCAUGCCACUACUCCGACCGAGCGCUGGCACGCACUGAUCCGAAUGUUGCAAAAACAGCUGGUGACCACUUCUUCGCUGAGGCCAAGCGUCUUCUCGACCACGAAGAAAGUCCCCGGCUGACCACCGUGCAAGCUCUUGCGAUUAUGUCUCUUCGGGAGAACUCAGCCGGCCGGGAUAGCAAUGGGUACCAGCUUGCCGGCCGCAGUGUGCGGAUGGCGCUGGAGCUCGGACUACACUUGUCAGUGAUCAAGGAUGGCAUGCAAGAGACCGAAGCAGAAGCGCGGAAGGUAACAUUCUGGGCCGUAUUCAACCUAGAGACAGCGUGCGCCGUAUCAUUCGGUCGACUCUCGCAGCUUCCCCGAUCGGCCGCUGACAUUGGCAGACCUUCUGCCAACAUGCGGUUCGAAACGAUGACUUGGCGCCCGUACGAAGACACGAACAUGUCCAUCAGCCCGAGUGCAGAGCAGCCCAGUCGUUCCAUGCUCUUCGAAGACCAGCUGAGCAAGUUGUCGGAGAUCACCAGCGACAUGGUGAAUACCUUCUACGCGCCCCGAGAACGUUUCACAGGUCGCCAGCUUGCCGCGACCUAUAGCAAAUACCAGUCGUGGUACCAGGAAAUGCCCGACUGCUUUCGACUGGAGAAUACGUCUUUGCCGCAUGUGCUUGUCCUCCACAUGUAUUACUACGGCUGUGUGUUGCACUUGUUCCGACCAUACAUCAAACUCGACCUCCGUGCUGCCAAUCUCUAUCCCCGCGACACUUGUACGUUCUGCGCCAAUGAGAUAUCAGCGCUGAUGAACGCCCUUCGAGCAAUGUACGGUCUCCGCCGCGUGACCUUGAUCGUGACCAGUCUUCUUCUCUCCGCCUCAACCAUUCACCUCCUGAACCUCCCAUCCGAGAAGGCCGCCGCUCAUCUUUCCCAAGCUCUCCGCGACCUGGAAGCAAUGUCGGUCAAUCACUGUUUCGCCGCACGAGCAGUUGACAUUAUUCGCUCUCUGUCAACCAAAUGGAACAUCGCCCUCCCCGAGGGUGCCGCAGCAGUAGCGUUCUAUCGCAUGCACAACACUCCGCGUGAUGCAACAGCUUCUCCACCUCCAAGCACUUUUUUUGCGGCUAGCAUUACGCGCGAACUGGGACCCUCACGAACAAGCGAGAAACCUCCGCAACAUAAAUCUCCUUUCUCAAUCCAGCAUCAACAAGAACAACAUCACCAUCAGCAAGGUCUCACAUCAGUGCCGGCCAUCUACUCCGAUCCCAGCAUGCUUUUCGAUGAGAACUCCGAGCAAAUGGCUUAUUGGACUCCUUUCCCGGCGCAAGUCAUGCCGAUUGCGCAGCAUGAUUUGGAAUUGGGUGAUUUUUCUGCAUUGGGCGGAGCGCAGACGUCCAAUUGGGCAAUCUAUGAAGAAGGCCAAGGCCAUGUUGGCGGCAACACACAGCAACAUGGAUACAUGGCGGGUCUUCGACAUCAGAGUGACCCGGGACAGGAUCACAACAUGGGUGGAUUGCAGGAGUGGGGUUGGGGUUGAAGAGGGUGAAAUUGAUGUGGUCAUGCGUGACAAUGCAUGAACGAUUGGGUAAGAGUGUGGGCAUAUGCUUUGCGAAGCGGAUGGCUAGCAGCAAGCACCUACCUCGUUGUUGAGCUUGAAGUGCAGAAAUCUGAGCCAACAAGCGAGGAGAAAUGGCAGCAUUCGCGACGUCAUUCGCGACGUCGAUCAGGGGUGCAAGAAUGUGGCCAAGACCCAGCACUGCCGCAAUGACAGAGCUGUUGCUGUGAAAACAGGCUCUGGAAGCAGGAAUGCGAAGAAGAGAGAAAGGCUCAAAAUCAAUAAACAGCAAGUGUCGAAGACCAUCAGAGGAAGAGGGGAAUCGAUCUUUACCAGAAUUUCACUGCAGGACACCAGAUCCAGAAUUGAACCAAGCAGGAAAGAGUGAAAUUGUGACAUUGUCACUCACCGCGAGCACACGAUCCAUGACGCGGAAAGAGGGAGAUGAAUAAACGAAGGGGCCAUUUCGGAAGAUGUCUACCAGAGACCCCGAUAGCAGACCGCUGUGUCCAUACCAGGGGAUUUGAGUAGUAGCAGCACCAUAUUAUAGUAUAGCAUAGCGUACCUAGCAUAGCAUAGCAUAGCAUAGCAUAGUGUAGCGUAGGAGAUAGC